AUGAAGCUUGAUAUAACCAAGGCCUAUGACAUGGUAGAGUGGAGCUUUAUUGAGGACAUGCUCACCCAGCUAGGAUUCCCUACUCAUUUCAUUGAGAUGGUGAUGACGUGCAUUACCACUCCUGCCUAUUCGUUACUAAUUAAUGGUAAUCCUACUCCUCUUAUUCUACCAAAAAGAGGCCUCAGACAAGGUGACCCACUUUCUCCUCUUUUGUUCACCCUCUGUAUGGAAUAUGGGACUAGAAUUCUUCAGCAAGUGGCUACCAUCCCUGGCUUUAAAUUCCACCCAAGAUGCAAAGCUCUCAGAUUGAAUAACCUUUGGUUUGCAGAUGAUAUGUUACUCUUUUGUAGUGGUGAUGUUGACUCCAUUGCCAUGAUGAUCAGUGGUCUUAAGCUCUUCUCAGAGACCACAGGCUUGCAGGUUAGUGCGGAAAAGUCAGAAAUUUAUCUUGCAGGUAUGACAACUUUGGAACGGGAGACGAUUGCUAAGUUUUCUGGUUUUAGGAUAGGUAAGCUUCCUUUCACUUACCUUGGGGUUCCAAUGGACACCAAGAAGAUCACUCCUAGGGAGUGUGAAGUCCUUAUUGACAAAAUGUGUAAGAGGAUCAAGCUAUGGAGCUCUCGAAACCUUUCUUACAGUGGUAGACUGCAAUUGGUAAAUUCUAUCCUUAUUUCUAUCUGUACGUAUUGGACUCAGAUUUUCAUACUUCCGAAAACAGUCAUCACAAGAAUAAAUAGUGUGUGUCAACAUUUUCUUUGGCAUGGAGUUAGUGAUAGUUCUAAACAUGGGAAUAUUACUUGGGAAAAUCUAUGUCAUCCAAAAAAGGAAGGGGGUCUGAAUAUUAGGAAUCUCUGGUUAUGGAACAAGGCAGCUAUUGGUAAACAAAUUUGGUCCAUUUGCCAAAAGAAGGAUAAUUUAUGGGUCAAAUGGGUUCAUGCGGUGUAUAUUAAAGAGCAACAAUGGGAGGAUCAUAGGCCUCCCACCACAGCGAGCUGGGUAUGGAAAGGGUUAUGUAAAUUACGUGAAGAAAUCAUCUCCAUUGUUCACCAGCAGCCCAGCACGCAUUAUAGCAUCAAAGGUGUGUAUAAUCAGCUACAACCUACUGGAAUCAACGUCCCCUGGAGCAGACCUAUUUGGUGCAGGUUUUCUGUGCCUAAACAUCGCUUCAUCCUAUGGUUAACUGUGAGAAGAAGACUGUUCACGAGAGACAGACUUCUUAAUUUUAGUUUGGUGGAUGAUGCUACUUGUGUACUUUGCAAAACUGAUAUUGAAACUCAUGAUCACUUGUUCUUUAAUUGCCUUUAUAGCGCCGUGAUUCUGAAACAGGUUAUGCAGUGGCUCGGCUGUAACUUCCAAUCCCACUCGUUACAACACCUUCUACAAAAAGGAUGGAACAUAAAGGGAGACAGAUUGAAGAAGCUUACGGUAAUGGUGGCUAUUGCAGCCACGGUGUAUGCAAUCUGGAAGCUCAGGAAUGAUAUAACCUGGAGGCACAAAAAUGCAGCAACCGCAACACAGAUGAUUGAUCAUAUCAAGUGGAUCAAUAAUAAUAAUAAUAAUAAUACUAACAAUAAUAAUAAUAAUAAUAAUAAUAAUAAUAAUAAUAAUAAUAAUAAUAAUAAUAAUAAUAAUAAUAAUAAUAAUAAUAGUAAUAAUAGUAAUAAUAGUAAUAAUAAUAAUAAUAAUAAUAAUAAUAAUAAUAAUAAUAAUAAUAAUAAUAAUAAUAAUAAUAAUAAUAAUAAUAAUAAUAAUAAUAAUAAUAAUAAUAAAAAUAAUAAUAAUAAUAAUAAUAAUAAUAAUAAUAAUACUAAAAAAAGUAAUAAAAGUAAUAAUAGUAAUAAUAAUAAUAAUAAUAAUAAUAAUAAUAAUAGUAAAAAUAAUAAUAAUAAUAAUAAUAAUAAUAAUAAUAAUAAUAAUAAUAAUAAUAGUAAUAAUAGUAUUAAUAAAAAUAGUAAUAAUAAUAAUAAUAAUAAUAAUAAUAAUAAUAAUAAUAAUAAUAAUAAUAAUAAUAAUAAUAGUAAUAAUAGUAAUAAUAAUAAUUAUAAUAAUAACAAUAAUAAUAAUAAUAAUAAUAAUAAUAAUAAUAAUAAUAAUAAUAAUAAUAAUAAUAAUAAUAGUAAUAGUAAUCAAAGUAAUAAUAGUAAUAAUAAUAAUAAUAAUAAUAAUAAUAAUAAUAAUAAUAAUAAUAAUAAUAAUAAUAAUAAUAAUAAUAAUAAUAAUAAUAAUAAUAAAAGUAAUAAUAGUAAUAAUAGUAAUAAUAAUAAUAAUAGUAAUAAUAAUAAUAAUAAUAAUAAUAAUAAUAAUAAUAAUAAUAAUAAUAAUAAUAAUAAUAAUAAUAAUAAUAAUAAUAAAAGUAAUAAUAGUAAUAAUAAUAAUAAUAAUAAUAAUAAUAAUAAUAAUAAUAAUAAUAAUAAUAAUAAUAAUAAUAAUAAUAAUAAUAAUAAUAAUAAUAAUAAUAAUAAUAAUAGAAAUAAUAAUAAUAAUAAUAAUAAAUAUAACAAUAGUAAUAAUAAUAAUUAUAAUAAUAACAAUAAUAAUAAUAAUAAUAAUAAUAAUAAUAAUAAUAAUAAUAAUAAUAAUAAUAAUAAUAAUAAUAAUAAUAAUAAUAAUAAUAAUAAUAAUAAUAGUAAAAAUAAUAAUAAUAAUAAUAAUAAUAAUAAUAAUAAUAAUAAUAAUAAUAAUAAUAAUAAUAAUAAUAAUAAUAAUAAUAGUAAUAAUAACACUAAUAAUAAUAAUAAUAAUAAUAAUAAUAAUAAUAAUAAUAAUAAUAAUAAUAAUAAUAAUAAAAAUAAUAAUAAUAGUAAUAAUAAAAAUAAUAGUAAUAAUAGUAAUAAUAAUAAUAAUAAUAAUAAUAACAAUAAUAAUAAUAAUAAUAAUAAUAAUAAUAAUAAUAAUAAUAAUAAUAAUAAUAAUAAUAAUAAAAAUAAUAAUAAUAAUAAUAAUACUAAAAAAAGUAAUAAUAGUAAUAAUAGUAAUAAUAGUAAUAAUAAUAAUAAUAAUAAUAAUAAUAAUAAUAAUAAUAAUAAUAAUAAUAAUAAUAAUAAUAAUAAUAAUAAUAAUAAUAAUAAUAAUAGUAAAAAUAAUAAUAAUAAUAAUAAUAAUAAUAAUAAUAAUAAUAAUAAUAAUAAUAAUAAUAAUAAUAAUAGUAAUAAUAGUAAUAAUAGUAGUAAUAAUAAUAAUAAUAAUAAUAGUAAUAAUAGUAAUAAUAAUAAUAAUAAUAAUAAUAAUAAUAAUAAUAAUAAUAAUAAUAAUAAUAAUAAUAAUAAUAAUAAUAAUAACAAUAAUAACAAUAAUAAUAAUAAUAAUAACAAUAAUAAUAAUAAUAAUAAUAAUAAUAAUAAUAAUAAUAAUAAUAAUAAUAAUAAUAAUAAUAAUAAUAGUAAUAGUAAUCAAAGUAAUAAUAGUAAUAAUAGUAAUAAU